AGUCCAUGUUCCCGAGGGCAGGGCUAAAUAUCUUGGAAUUCCGUUUCCGUUCCAGGGAUUUUCAUAAAUCUUACAGGAAGGGAUAGAGAAAUUAAACACGUUUUUUUUUUAUUUAUAAGUGAGUUUUAUUUUGUUGUUUUUUUUUUUUAUAAGAGCUACUGUUGAAUGAUGGCGUCCUCUCCGCAGAAGUCUCCGUCCUCUCCCACUCCGCUGUCUCCGAGCUUCAGGAAGAAAGAUGAGACUUUUCUCGGGAAACUCGGAGGAACUUUGGUCAGAAGGAAGAAGGCGAAAGAAGUGUCGGAGCUGCAGGAGGAAGGCAUGAACGCCAUAAACCUGCCCCUGAGUCCCACGCCAUACGAGCUUCAUCCGGAGGACACCAUGCUGGAAGAGAACGAGGUUCGCACCAUGGUGGACCCCAACUCCAGGAACAACAGCAAGCUACAGGAGCUGAUGAAGGUGCUUAUCGACUGGAUCAAUGACGUGCUGGUCGGGGAGAGGAUCAUCGUUAAGGACCUGGCAGAGGAUCUGUAUGAUGGACAAGUUCUGCAGAAGCUCUUUGAGAAGCUGCAGGGAGAGAAGCUGAACGUGGCGGAGGUAACGCAGUCUGAGAUCGCUCAGAAGCAGAAACUCCAGACAGUCCUCGAGCGCAUCAACGAGGUUCUCAAAGUCUCCACCAGAAACACCAAGUGGAACGUCGACACUGUUCAUGCUAAGAGCAUGGUGGCCAUCCUGCACCUCCUGGUGGCGCUGUCUCAGCACUUCAGAGCUCCAAUCCGCCUCCCCGAGCACGUCUCCAUCCAAGUGGUGGUGGUUCAGAAAAGGGAGGGAGUCCUGCAGUCUCGUCAGGUUCUAGAGGAAAUCACUGGCAACACCGAGGCAUUAUCCGGCAGACACGAGCGUGACGCGUUCGACACCUUGUUCGAUCACGCACCUGACAAACUGAGCGUGGUGAAGAAGACGCUCAUCACUUUCGUCAACAAACACCUGAACAAGCUGAACCUGGAGGUGGCCGAGCUGGACACACAGUUUGCAGACGGAGUGUACCUGGUGCUUCUAAUGGGACUCCUGGAAGGAUACUUCGUACCGCUCUACAAUUUCUUCCUCACCCCCGAAAACUUUGAGCAAAAGGUCCACAACGUGUCCUUCGCCUUCGAGCUGAUGCAGGACGGCGGCCUGGAGAGACCAAAACCCAGGACGGAGGACAUCGUGAACUGUGACCUGAAGUCGACUCUGCGUGUUCUCUACAACCUCUUCACCCGAUACAGACACGUGGAGUGAUGAGACGCACUGACGGACAUUUCAGUGUGCGGUUCAGUUUGGGAGAAUCAGCACUAUGGGGAUUUAUCAUGGACGCAUUGUAGUGUUGAUUUUUUUUUGUUACAAGAGACCACUGAACUAUGCUCUCUCUGUAUGUGUGUGUGUGUGUGUGUGUGUGUGAUAUGUAUACAUACACCGUGAGCUAUCCAAUAGCUAUACAAACGCUGUGUUGUAUAUAAAAGCUGCUUUUUUAUUGGGUGGAAGUUUGAACAUAGACGAUUCUGCAGCAAAAUUCUCACACUACUGUCGCGUUCCCUUGCAGAAUCUCUUGAGCAGGCCGGAUUUCUUAAUUACUCCAAAGUGCCUAAGAUUUUAAAUAUAUAAUGAGACCAGAUUUUGAUAUAUCUAUAUAUGACCAGGUUUUUAUAUAUGGUUUAGACAAAACAGUAUUGUGUGAUUAAUAUGAGAAACAUUUUUGCUAAUUCCUUUAUUUCACACAGCUUACUGGAUUCAAAUAGCAAUAAUGAUGCUUCAUUCAAGCUCCGGAGUCUAUACAGAUCAGAUACGAGUUUGCUUUUAUUUGUGUAGAUGUAGAUAUUUGUGCAGAUAGUUCAUCUGAAAAUCUGUCGUCUUCAUCAAUCUGAGUACUGGGAUAAACUUGAUCAAAUGUGACUGAAUAAAUAAACUUCAAAUGAAUUCACUACUA